UGAUGUUUACUGUUGAAAGCAGAGAUAUUGAGAUCGAGAGAUGCCCUACUGCACAUUUUCAUUUUAUUGGUGUAUCGUUUUGGUGGAAAUGUCCUGUUUUUCCUAUCUCGUUGCUAGGGGCAACACCAGCCUUCAAACCUCCUCCAUCAUCGUCAGCCGCGCCGUCCUCCGGUGGACCAAUAGAAAGCACCUUCAACGCCAUCAGAGGGGUCAUCAACGAAGACGUGGUCAAGUUGACGCAGGGCAUUUAUCAGUUCGACCUAUCAGGAGAGAAUAAGGGCCUUUGGUUCCUGGACCUGAAGAGCGGCGCUGGCAGUGCAGGUCAAGGCCAGUCACCUGUCAAGGCCGACGUCGUCAUGGCGAUGGACUCUGGCGACUUCAGCAAGAUGUUUGCAGGGAAGCUGAAGCCCACGAUGGCCUUCAUGUCGGGGAAGCUGAAGAUCAAAGGCGACAUGACGCUCGCCCUCAAACUGGAGAAACUCAUGGGGCGCAUGAGCAAGGCCAAACUGUGAGGCAGAAGCCCCGCCCCCAGGCCCGAUCAGGCUCCGCCCACUGCUUGUAGAUGUACACGUUGCCUUAAUAAAGUAAAGGACAGUUUUUAAAUCUAAUUGAUGAUAAACUGACAGCUGAGGCUUUCCAUACUUGAUGUCUAAUCACCUUCACAUACAACUAAAUA